CUCUCUGCUUGCCUGGCGCUUUCCGUUCGUUGAAACUAAGGCGUACGAAGGGCUUACGGCGCGACCGAAUAACACUCAAAGCCAAACAAAAACCGUACAGCUGCAUCAGUCGAAUCAGUCGUCUUUCGUAUAUCGGUGGGGGUGAGUUUCAAACUGACUGUCACGCGUGCUAGAGCUCUUCCCUUGUUCGUUGGAAUAUCUGUUACGUUUUUGGAGAUUGGAUUUUGUGUUUUUUGUGUGAAUAAUGUUGUUCGAGAAUCCCCCUGGCAAGUUAUUUACGCCGUAUAGUGUACCACCCCCUGUUUCGGUAUUACCGCCGCCUAUUCUUGGCUCUGGUAUGGGUGAAGGAAACGGUCUCAUCGACCACCAUGAACUACACAACGCCUUAGUACCUAUAAAUGGCAGCCAUUCUGGUUCUUCUGGUCGCAGCACCCCAAAUAAUUCCAAUGAUCCUGCUCCAGGAAAGCUCUUCGUCGGCGGUUUGAGUUGGCAAACGUCAAGCGACAAACUCAAGGAGUACUUUGGAAUGUUUGGCAAUGUUACAGACGUCUUGAUCAUGAAAGACCCAGUUACACAGAGGAGCAGAGGCUUCGGUUUCAUCACUUUCUCAGAACCGUCGAGCGUAGACAACGUUCUAAAAGUUCCAAUUCACACGUUGGACGGCAAAAAGAUAGAUCCGAAACACGCUACGCCUAAGAAUCGACCAAAACAGCCUAACAAGACGAAAAAAAUCUUCGUAGGAGGUGUCAGUCAAGACACUUCGGCCGACGAAGUCAAGGCCUAUUUUAGUCAAUUCGGAAAGGUCGAAGAAACUGUAAUGUUAAUGGACCAACAGACAAAGAGACACAGAGGAUUUGGAUUUGUCACAUUCGAGAACGAAGAUGUCGUCGAUAGAGUGUGCGAGAUCCAUUUUCAUACUAUAAAGAACAAAAAGGUGGAAUGCAAGAAAGCCCAACCGAAAGAAGCAGUCCAAGCGAGCGCCCAACUAUUAGGCAAGCGUUUGAUGUUGACCGGUUUGGGCAUGCGCGCAAUAGCCCCUGCCCCGGGAGGCGUGUUAACCACCGUAAAUCCAUUAAGUUUGAACAGCCAAGCGCAAGCUCAUUUACAGGCAGUACAAGCUGCAGCGGCAGCUGCUCAAGCUCAACCAAUGGCGCUAGCAACCUAUGGAAAAUUAUUUGGAGCAUACCCGCAUCUUGCCAGCUACCGUUACUCACCGUAUCCUCUAUCGUCAAUGAGCGCAGGAGCGGCGGGUGCGAACAAUCCCGGACAGGCACCCCAAGGUGCUCCACCCCAAGGACUGGCACCACCUGUUCCAGCCAGUCCUUACCAAGGAUAUAAUCUUACCAAUGUCGAUAUGUCAUCAUUCCAAGGCGUAGAUUGGGGAUCUAUGUACGGCGUCGGCAUGUAUGUCUAAAUGCUCAUACAUUGUUUACUUAUUCUUUUGUAUUAGUUGUUUAUUGUGAAAGGACUUCCAGAAAAAACGAUACAUUUCCAUUAGGGGCUGAAUCCUGCAUCUUCUUUAAUUUUAAAAUCGUAUCCAAAAGUUUUCUAAGCGGUUUGAAAAUUCGCGCCGGCAUAAAGGAAGGAUAUUUUCUUUUUCAAUUAUUGACAAUAAAAUUAGUAUUAUACAUUGCGUAAAUUGUACUUUAUUUACAAAUUUUGUAGGACAAGUGAAAAAUUGAUAGUAUUUAUGGAGUACCUGUAUGUUGUGCUCAAUUUUAAACUAGCAGAAUAUAUGACAGUAGAAAUAGUUAAUAUUGUUAAAAGUGAAUAGGUACUUCUUCUUGGAUUUGUUUACAAUAUAUGAAAAACGAAAAAUAACAAUUUUAAAAAAUAAUUUUUUACAAAAAUUAAUAAGCACAAAGUGAUAUACAGAAUUUCUCCUUACUAAGCUGAUGACAAUAUAUGUUGAAUACAUAUCUUUGUGUAAAAUGAGCAAUAUAGAAUAAAAUACUAAAUAAUGUUUUAAGGCAAAGUUUUGAUUUUUUUAUCGACCAAUUACAGAUAUUUUGCUGUGAUCUGACUCAUUUUGAUAUAAUUAUAUAACAGGAAAAAAACGGAAAUCAACAGUGAAGAUCGUGUUGGCUAUUAAACAAUUGUUUAAUAUAAAUAUGGCUUUAAAAAUGAAAAAUUUAAAAUAAGAAUAAAAAUAGUUCUUGGCGUAGUUCUUCUUGGUGAUGUUGCAGCUUCUCUCUGUAUAACACAUAAAUAGUCUUAAUCCCAUCUGGAUAACGUUCCCAAAAUGUGUCUCUAGAAUCACCCAUUUUUUAUUCGCCUCUUAGAGUAGGCAGAUUAUACCUAGGAUCAAUUCUAUUUAUUCCACCAAUACUCCUGUGAAGUUUGAUCCCAUAUUCACAGGAAUCUUUCUUUUGAUUAUCUUCUUACUCAGUCAACACUUACUCCACAAAUUUUCCAAUAAAAUGCAUUUUUAAAUAUUCUUUAGCGAUUUAGGAUUUGUAAUUUCUUUAAAGGGUUUUUUUAAUUUCCAAACAAAACCUCUCAAAAUAUUUCCUUUAUUUAAAAGAUUUUAUCUUUGAGGCCCUACAAUACAACGUUUAAUAAGAAAGGAUAUAAGAAGAUAACUAGUUCUUUCAGUGUAUCCUAAAUUUAGCAUUUACAUUGUUCUUCCAAGUUGUCCGUUUCUUCACCCUGUUGGAGAUUGUUCCAUGCUAUUUUAAUGAAUCUUUCCUGGUCUAUUUUGCCUUUAUGCUGGUUUCGUUCUAAUUUUUUCUUCUUACCCGAUAGUAAAAGGAUUUCUCACUUUCUUUUCUGAAUUAUUUGAUAUUUCUGGCGUUUCUCUUAGUAUUUAUAACAUUUGAUCCAGUCUACUUUUACAAUAGCAAGAAUUCAUCAAUUUUUAGCUAAUUGGUUGUCUACAUAAAACAAAACUGUUCAUAAUACAUAUCAUACUGCUUUUAAAAAGUAUUACAAGCAAUAUAAGAUGAAUAAUAAGGCUCAUAAAUACUGGGACGUAUCGAUUCCCAUGCAAUGGUUUCGGUUUACACUUUGUGCGUUAGAUUUUUUAUCCAGCGUUCUUCUAUAUUUUCCACGAAUCCAAGAUGAUGUACUGGCUGUUUGCUAGAUUUAUUGAGAUAUUUUUUUAAUUUCGGUAAUGAAAUCGUUGACACUUUUGGAUAUAUAUUUUAAAAUUAAUCAUAACCGUAUAUCACUAAAUAGAUGCAGGUAAUUUUUUCCUUGUAAUUGUCAAUGGCGGCGUCUUGUGCCUAUUCUCAAUAUGUUGUAACAGAAUAAAUAUACGAUGAUUUUUCUGUAAAUAGAAUCUCUCAUUGCGACAUGCUGUGGGCAGUUUUCUGAAAGCAUCACUCUUUCGCUUAUUGAAUAAAAAUGAAUACUCUUUAAAAAAACAAAUCGGUUUGAUGCCGCCUUCUGCUCAUUUAGCAUCUCGGCAAUAACUCGCAAUAAAUCAGUAUUAAAAAUUUUGAGAAAUGAGAAUCAGUGCUGUUUUUAAAAUUAAUUUCCGUAUUGUAAUCGUUGAUAUUCCUGUCGAAUGGCAAUAAUCGAACACUUAAUUAUUAUUUAAAACGGAACGAUUUUAAAAUGGUUGUGUUUGAGUGUACUUAAGUUAUUGUAUUAUUUUAGUACCUAAUUUAUUGUAUUUUACAUCAUUUUUGACUGAUAGGACGGUACUUUUACAUUGUAAUCGAGUUCAUCACGUUAUCGCUACUUAAAGAUAUUAAUAUGUUCAACGAUCUCAUAUUCAUUCGAUUUUUUUAGGCUUAGAACAUUAGGAAGUGCUUUACUUGCUGAAAUGCUUGUGUAAUCAUUACCUUUGAUCAAGGUAUAUAAUAUUUCGAAACCACAGUGGUUUUAAAAAGAUGAACAAAUAUUUAAGGGUUUUUUUUAUAAUUUAAAGAAAAGCGGAGGAAAAUAUUGCAUUUUAUAAUGCUAAGAUGUUAAUUAAAUCUAUUAAAACCUAAAUGAUUAAGAUAACAUUGAAGAAUGUACAUUAUAGAGGAAAACAUUUAACGUUGUCCAAUAUUACUCAUUUUGAUAACCAAAUACUUCUUCCAUUUCUUCUUCUUGCUUUAAUACUCUUUUUCUUGCAACUCCUGUGUGUUACGUGACUUUCUUAAGACUAUUUCAGUCAGUUUGUCGCCUUUAAGUCCCCCUUGAAGACAAUUUCUGGUGUAUUAAUGUCUAAUUUCUGGUCCUUCUUUCUGUACCGCAAGAUUCACUCCUGUGAUUGAUCUUAAGACGAUAACAAACAUCUUGAAUGCAGUUGGUUGUUGCAAAUGUUAGAAUUGUAUGCAAUUAUGUUCAAAUGUGUGGGAAUUGCUUUAUAUUGAUGCAUUUGUUAAAGCAAAUAAUGAAUCUUAGGACGCAGGACACCCUUGUUGAUGUUUUUACACUAAUUGUACCUUUUGACUGGAUGUGUUCAUUCCUCCACAGUUAAAUAUUGCCUGGUUUUGUGGUAAUUCCUAUUGAUUUGGGCAACCUAGUGUAUUUUUCGAAAAUGAAGGGACAAGUGGAUAAACAAUAAUGUUCAUAAAAUCAUUCUUUUGUGUUUCUACCUGGAACUUUUGUUUAAAACUAUUAAGUAUUACAAAAAAAAUAUGAAUUUAUUCAUAACACACUGAAAGAUAAAUAUUGGUGCUGCAGAUGGACAAAGGAGACAAAUCAUGAAAGACCGACGAUAAGAACAACAAUAUAUUUUAUUCAUUCAGUAUAUUAUAUAAACGAAUUUAAAAAUAUUUGAAGACGGCUCUGCCUGCAUAGCAACAGUAAACAAUCGUAACGGUUUUUUUUUAAUUCCAGGAAAUCAUUUGUAUACCUGUAUUUUAUUUACAAACAUUUAGCGCCAAAUUAUCAUCUAUCUUCCUUAUGGAAAAUUACCAGAAAAUUAAGCAUUAACACUAGCCUUGUAUUACUCAUAACUUUGUUUCACUUGCACCAACACAAGUGUAGUAAAAAUAGACCGUUAAGAUACAUCUAUAACUGCAAACAACAAAAUUCUAUCCUUCUCUGCAAAGUAACUCAUCAGUCUCUUUAUCCAUUUGACCCUUCAAAUCUGUUUUACUAUUUUUUGUAUAAAUUGAGUUCAAUCCUCUUCCAAUUAGAAAAUACUGGAUCAAUUUUAUAAAAAAAAAAAAUUUCACAACUUUAAAAUGAUUCCCACCACGAAAGCAGUGCUACUGAAUAAUUUUUUGAAAACAUGUUGUUCUUCUCUUUUUUAAUCUCUGCCUCUUGUUUCAAAUCUGGGUCCAUUCGAUGCUGGGAAUACAGAAAAAUCGCAUGAGGCAGGAUCGGGUAGAUGUUCUACUACAGGGAUCUUAAUGCUUGGCUAAAAACCCCUUAACAGACAGUGCAUGAAAAAACCAUCGCUUUCUUUUUGAUUUCUAAUAAUUCAGCAACAGCAACAUAAAGGAUAUGUUUCUGUAUCGAAUUGUCUGAGUUUAACAAGGAAUUUCACAUUAACUUGUAUUCAAUCACGAAUCUUCCCUUAUUGGACCACUUAAACAUCUGAGUAUGCAUCUUUAAUUUCCUUCCUUUAAUAAAGGAUACGUUUCUGUAUCGAAUUUUCUGAAUUUAACAAGGAAUUUCACAUUAACUUGUAUUCAAUUACUUAUCUUCCCUUAUUGAACCACUUAAACAUCUGAGUAUGUAUUUCUAUUUCUUUCCUUUAAUAAAGGAUACGUUUCUGCAUCGGAUUUUCUGAGUUUAACAAGGAAUUUCACAUUAACUUGUAUUCAAUCACGAAUCUUCCCUUAUUGGACCACUUAAACAUCUGAGUAUGCAUCUUUAAUUUCCUUCCUUUAAUAAAGGAUACGUUUCUGUAUCGGAUUUUCUGAAUUUAACAAGGAAUUUCACAUAAACUUGUAUUCAAUUACUUAUCUUCCCUUAUUGAACCACUUAAACAUCUGAGUAUGUAUUUCUAUUUCUUUCCUUUAAUAAAGGAUACGUUUCUGCAUCGGAUUUUCUGAGUUUAACAAGGAAUUUCACAUUAACUUGUAUUCAAUCACUUAUCUUCCCUUAUUGAACCAGUUAAACAUCUGAGUGUGUAUCUCUAUUUCCUUCCUUUAAUAAAGGAUACGUUUUUGUAUCGAAUUUUCUGAAUUUAACAAGGAAUUUCACAUUAACUUGUAUUUAAUCACUUAUCUUCCCUUAUUGAACCACUUAAACAUCUGAGUGUGUAUCUCUAUUUCCUUCCUUUAAUAAAGGAUACGUUUCUGUAAUGGAUUUUCUGAACUAUUUGAACUGUUGAACAUUUUUCUGACGGGGCAGAAAUGCAAGGUUCACUUUGAUCGUGAAGCGUUCAUCCUUUGUCUGCAGAAUGAUCAAUAACUUUUUUUAACUUGAUGCAUGUCCCAGUAUCAAUUUAGGUUGCUUGUAUGGUUAGAGCAUUUCUGAUUAUCCUCUUAAUAUACAUUUUUCAAAUGCGAAGUCUUAAACAUUUUUUUAUAAACAUCAACGAGGUUUUGUGUAACUAUUAAUGUGAAUACAUAAGGAUAUUCAUGUCCUGUUUAAACAAGUUUCACAAGUGUCAGUGUUGUCUUUGAGUUUGCAAUUUAAAACGAGGCUAAAUGUGGAAGAGACAUCUGAGUAUGUAUCUCUCCUUCUUUUAAUAAAGGAUACGUUUCUGUAUCGGAUUUUCUGAGUUUAACAAGGAAUUUUACAUUAACUUGUAUUCAAUUACUUAUCUUCCCUUAUUGAACCACUUAAACAUCUGAGUGUAUAUCUCUAUUUCCUUUCUUUAAUAAAGGAUAUGUUUCUGUAUCGGAUUUUUUGAGUUUAACAAGGAUUUUCACAUUUACUUGUUUUUAAUCACUUAUCUUUCCUUAAUGAACCAUUGAAACAUCUGAGUGUAUAUCUCUAUUUCCUUCCUUCAAUAAAAGAUACGUUUCUGUAUCGGAUCUUUCCUUAUUGAACCACUUUAAUAUCUGUGUAUGUAUCUUUAUUUCCUUCCUUUAAUAAAGGAUACGUUUCUGUAUCGGAUUUUCUGAGUUUAACAAGGAUUUUCACAUUAACUUGUUUUCAAUCACUCAUCUUCCCUUAUUGAACCAUUUAAACAUCAGAAUGUGUAUCUCUAUUUCCUUCCUUUGAUAAAGGAUACGUUUCUGUAACGGAUUUUCUGAACUAUUAGAACUGUUGAACAUUUUUCUGACGGGGCAGAGAUGCAAGGUCCACUUUGACCGUGACGCGUUCAUCUUGUGGAUAUACAUCCAAUCUGCAGAAUGAUCAGUGACUGUUUUUAACUUGAUGCAUGUCCCAGUAUCAAUUUAGGUUGCUUGUAUGGUUAGAGCAUUUCUGAUUAUCCUCUUAAUAUACAUUUUUCAAAUGCGAAGUCUUAAAAAAUUUUUUUGUAAACAUCAACGACGUUUUAUGUAACUGCUAAUGUGAAUGAAUACAUCGGAUAUUCAUGUCCUGUUUAAAUGAGUUUAACAAGUGUCCGUGGCUACAUGUGGAAGAGAACGUAUAUCGCCGGUGUCGUUCUAAUACCUCGUAAGCCCAAAAGUAACAUUUUACAGGAGAAGCCAAAAACCGUUCUGUUUAUUUAUUACUAUUACUAUACGAGGUAUUAGAAAAGUUAAAUUUUUAAAGUUUUAAAAAUGUUGUGGGCUACGAGGUUUUCUGUAAUGGUAAAUAUGGGUAACCGCAACAAUUUGACGUAAAAAUCUCAUUUUUGUCCAAAUGAGGGUUACGAGGUAUUAGAACGACACCGACGAUAUGCGACAUCUGUAAAUAUUUUUUUAAUUGCUAAGAUAUUCGACGAUAGUUUAGGUUUAGAUAUUAAUUUACUCACCGACGGCAGAUCUACUUAAAUUUUGUGAUCAAACCUACUUAAUUUUUAAGAUAGCUUUUAAGUAUUUUUAACUAUUAGCCAAACAAGCAUUUCUAUAAGUAAAGCAUUCAUUCGUUUAAUAUUAUUUUCUUGCAAAACAUCCUUUGGUACAGCUAUGCCGUAACUUUUCGGACGCAAUUCGGCAUGUUUUAUUUUCGGUUUGCAUUUUUUUUUUUUUCAUAUUUUUGAAUCUUGCGCAGAUCUAGUCAUGGUGAUCUUUCUUUUUGACAAUACGUCUAAUAUUUAUCAUCACACUAUCCCCGUUUUUCACGUAGACAGACCUGCCUACAUUCCGUAUUAGCUGUGCAUCGAGUAUCUUUAUAAUUAUAAUUAUUAUACGUGUGAUUUCAAGGACCAAUGCGUCUGCCUUGGCCCUAAAAAAAGGGGCUAAGGUACAAUACGAAACUAAGAGCUAUGCUAGACUCCGAACAAACGUAGUAUUAGACUAGUAGUAACGGUCGUUUGUAACAAUUGGAAAAGACGAAAAAGAAUUAUCAGUUUCGAACUUAUUCAGAACUUCUGAACUGAUAGUUUAUCGUUACUACGAUUAAAAGAUUUUGCCAGUUGCUGUAUAUUUGAACAUUAGUUCUAAGUAAGAAUAAUAAAGACUUUAUGCAUUAAAAAUAGUUAUAUUUACUCUAAAAGUUGAUCAAUCGAUAUUAUGCAUAUUUGCUCAAAUUGAUCGGUAGUAAAACCGAGAAAGAGCAAUUAGGUGAAUUCAUCACUCCAGGAAAGGAAUGAAAUUAUAAGUGAAUUCAUUCGGCGUCUUAUUAUCAAUUUACUUUUGAUUCAAUACGCUGUAGUAGUGAUGACGUAAUUUGUGUCCCAUGUAAAUGUCAAAUUCAUUGUCACAAUAUUGUGUUUUCUAAAAGUUAAUUGUAAGUAGAACACAAAUUACAUCACACUAAUAUAGCAAAUCUCUUCAGUCUCUCUUAUGAUGUGAUAUGUCAUUAAGCUGUCAGUUGUCAUCAGAUUUUGACAGUUUCGGGAUAAAAAGGGCUGUUAAUUAAUUUUACAGUUACCAGUAUUAAAAAAAAAUAAACAAAUUAAAUGCAACUUAAAUUUGGUUUCUUUAAUAUACAUAAGAAAUUUCAUUUCUCUACAUAUUAAUUAUUAGCGAUUUUUAAAAGACAUCUCUAUUUCAGUAUUUUUACGUGUGGACUGAUAAGCUCUUAGUUUUGUGUCGCUCAUUUUAAGAAAAUGGUUCAUACUGAUGUUUUUAUACCGUAACUGUAAUAGAAUAGAUUUUAGUGGAGCCCUAAUCGACACAUUUUCUGGUAUUACCUUGUGAUAGUUGUUAGGCAACCAGAAAUGCGUCUCGAAUUGUAUCUGCCAAGUUGCCGAUCGAGCUUUAUACUCUUAUUUCACAUUUGACUGAUAGGAUUUUUUUAUAGUAAUAAGUUUUAUUAUUUCUUAGGCAGCUGUUUGGUUAGAUUUAGAGCGAUUUUAAUGUCAUACUGGUUCGGGUACUAAAAAGCGGAUUAUUAAGACUUUUAAGAGUACAACGUUAUCACGAGCGAUAUCCAGUUUUAAUGUAUGUUUUACACUUUCCCUGUAUGUUUUAAGUUUUUUAUAUUGUCACUGAAGUGCCAAAUUUGGUAGUUUAUACUUUCGGUUUGCAACUUUGCACUAGUUUAACGAAAAACAGGAACAUAAAAGUAUUUAAUUGCAGACUUUUAGGCAUUCCAGUAUGUAAUAAGAUUAUACAUAAAGAGAUUUUAAUAAAUUCAAGUUUCUUUUAUUUCACUUUAAAAAAUUAUGAAUUUGAGUGUAUACACUAUGAACGUCAGAAAAAAAGAUCAGCUGAUUUUUAUCAAGUAAAAAAUCAGUUAGCGUAUAUGUAUACAAUUUUUUGCUGAAGAAAAACGAUAAUUGUCAGUACAAUAAUUGAAAAUAAAUUAGUUUCAUAUAUUAAUAGAUUACCUAAGUCGUGACGUCACAAAGUCGGAGGGGCUAAACCAGCCAUACUUAACCUUUUUUCCUUUGGGCCACAUACGUAUGUUUGCUGUGUUACACGGGUCGCAAUAUUUCUGGAUAAUGUCCUUUAUUUAGGUCAUCCAUUUAAAAUUAGUUAGUGGGAACCUCUAAUAAAUAAAAUACAACACAUACAUAUAUCUCGUCGGGUUAUUGAAAAAACAAGAUACCUCACAUUUUUAGAGUUUCAAGAAAACGCUCUUCAAAAGUUUAAAAUUGAAUAAACAACAUUUCCAAUAAAAAAAAAAACCGAAUUGAAAACGUAAUUAGUCUUUACAAAACAUAAACUAAGAAUAUAUCGAUUAGUAACAACAAAAAAGAGGAAAAAAGCAUCACUUAGCUUAUUUUAGCUGUCUACAUACAGCUGUGGGAUUCUUAUCUUUCGAUACUGCACGUAUUGAGACGCCUAUCUUCGUUCGACACACUGCAAUUCUUAUGUAAUGUCUCUCUCUAUUAGAUACGUAUCAUGUUGAGUUCGUACACAAAAAUCCAUGUGCACUGUGCAGGUCAUAAUAUUCAAUAGCUGUGUCACUUAGCUUCUGUGGAAGGUUCAGGAAGUGUCUAACAUUAUUGGAUAAUGGUAGAUUGUGAUAAUAAUGGUUAAAUUCUACAAAGUUUUAGUAAAUCUUCUUGGCAUUACUAAUGUGCACUUUUUGGAGGUAUUUUCAGAGCCUUUUUUCACUCUUUCAGACAUCCCUGUGUCAGCAUUACAUGGGUUUCUCAAUCAAUGCGAAAAACUGCUGUUUCGAUGUUGUUUAAGUGAUUUAAGAAGUGCUUCUGGUCGUUUUAUCGUGCAAACAAUAUGGAGACGAGCGUCAGCAUGCCUGAAAGGGUGACGUAAUCACCUUAUCGAUUUCGGAUCCAUCGAGAAAGGCCAGAGACGGUUCUAGGCAAAACCAAUGGUUUAGACAAAAAGUAUUCAACAAAAAUAAGUGUUCUGGCUUUUAUCUUGUUUUGGCAGAAACACUAUUAGGAAUCGGACUAAAUACAUUUAGAAAAAAGUUAUGUUUAUCAUGAAUAUAGACUUCGUUCACAUUCGUCUUGAUUAUGCCGUAUAUUAUUUGAACUAUUUUGGAGACGAAAAUGCCGAAAGUGGAGCUAUCUUGUUUUUGCAGUAACUCCUUGAUCAAAACGUGUUCGCACAUUCGGUAAAAACAAACCAAUAAUUUUCACUUCUUAAUAAUAGUGUUUCGGGCCGCAAAGGAAAGCUUGGAGGGCCGCAGGUUGAUUAUGACUGGGCUAAACGAACCUUUCCAAUCAAAUUCAAAAUACAUAAUUCCUAGUAGUAAUUUUUAAUUGUGUGAGUAUAAGGGUGUGUUAAAUAUAAGAGAGUACUGAUAGUUUUUCUUGAAUAUUAUCGAAUACAUGUGUGUCUAAUUAUUAGACAUACAACUUUAACAUAACCUCAAAGUAGAUGGGAAAUGACAGAGUAAAUAAAGGAAACCCAUGACAGGAAACGGAGGAAGAGCACCCACAUGUUUUUUCUGGCGACUAUCUGGCAUUAAAUUUAAAGUAUUUGGAAAUGAUGAUGAACACCAGAGUGCGUCGGCACUUUUGAUCUCAAUGUUCCAGUUUAUACACUGCGCAACUCGGAUUUGUAUCCCUGGCGCAUACAGAAUCAAUUCAUAACCAAUAAAAUAUAUGACAACCGCCUAUAUUCAAACAGCAUUCUUCUGCGCAUCCUGAAUUUGUAUCCCUGGAGUGGAUAUUAUUUUGGAACAUCCAAUUGGUCCGAGUGAGCGAACUGAUUCCUUUAAGCUAUAAACUGCGCUUAGGUAGUCUAUUGAAUCAACUAAGGCCCAAAUUAUUAAUGUCCUGGUAAAGUGACAGUUAAGGUUAUCCUCAUAGAUAAAAUAAUACUAUUGUAUCUACGGUUAUCCUUUGGUUAGAACAAAAAUUGCAAUUUUGAAUGUCCUGUUACGAUUUAUCUUUAGGAUAAACUUUACUCUAACUUUCAGAUAGUAAAUAAACAACUAUUUUCGUUUGUUAAGAUUUAAACAAUAUGACUACAGAAAUAACUACAGUAUAAAGUAACAGUUGUCAUUGUCAAAAAUAAAAAAAAAAAUGGAUGUAUUUUCUGAAAUUAAUAUUUUUCAAUCAUAUUCUGACGACGAUUUAGGGCCGUUUGCACCACUUCCUCUUAGGUGAACCUUAACUUUGAGUAUCACCUAAGUUGCACAUUUCAUUUUCUGACCACAAUUCAAAUAGUUUAAGUUGUACUUAAGUAAUAGUGAAACUAAGCCGAAGGUAUCAUCGGUUUAAGUUCUACUUUGCGUAUUUUUAACGUCAAUCUGACAAGUUUGAUAUGUUUAUCAAUAGAAAAUAAAAUAAUUAGAAUUAGAUAAAAGUGUGGCCGAAAUAAAGUAUAAAUGGAAUUUUUGGAACAUAUUUUCGAUGAUGAUGACGAUUUUGAUGAGUUAAAUUUAAUUAUUUUUACGAUAUCUCGACAUAUUUAUCACAGAACGCAAUAUUUUGAAAGUUUUGAUAACGGUAUAGAAUGUUUAAUAAUAAACUCUUUUCUUUAACUGAAUAGUUUGGUGCACGCUUGGUUUCAGUUUUUAAUUUUUAAUAAUGCAAAAUUACAACACAAAUUUUAAUCAAAUAGAUGACAAUUCGACACUGACAUUGAUUAGUAAUAUACGAAUUCUCUAAAAUUUUACACUGCUGCCAAGUUGUUCUUCAUCUUAGCAUAGAUUUUGUUAAGUGAAACCUAUGCAAAACAUACCAAACUUAAGGUUCACCUUAAGUCAAGGUACACCAUAGCUAAACCGUAAUCGUAAGUUGAAGUGGUGCAAACGGCCCAUAGAAGACUUAGAAAUGUGGGUUGGAAUUGUAUUGAUAACGCGUAAUGUGAGGUUAAAAUGUAUCCUGCCGAUUACUAACAUUAACUUUACCAGGAGAUUAAUAAUUCAGCCCUAAGUCAAAUGUUAUGUUGUCAAGCCUUCAAUGAAUUUGACAAGUAAUUAGGCUUUCCAAACAAAAUGGUUGCCCGUAGGUAAUGACAGAUGCCACUGACAGGCACAUUAUAGAUUAUGAUAUGGCAACACUGUUCGCCUUGUGAUUUGACAGGGUCAAUGAUAUAAAUAGCUAUAUAGAUUGAUCAUCCUUGUUUUUAAAAAUAAACAAGCUUAUGCUAAACCGGCAAUAUGGCCGCUCCCAAACGACCCGCUUUGAGCAAUCUAUAUAACUAUGUAUCAUUGAUCCUAUCAAUGACAACAGUGCCACAGGGUUGCCAUAUCUAAACUGUCAAUUCCCACUGACAGCAUUUUGACAGAUCGUUGGAAUGUCUAAUUUUCUUUUUCAAAUAAAUUUUAUCAGUUCAUGUGAUACCUACUGAUAACAUUACAAUAUUUGUUUUGUAGUGGUUUUUUUGUUUUGUUUAUUAUUAGAUUAUGAUUCCUUUCUUUCGUUAAACUUCAAGGGCAACUUAGAGUAGGUAACUGUAAAAAUUAUUAUCAAGUUGACAAGCAAUAAGCAUUGUGAGACAGAAUGAACAACCCUCUAUUUUUGUAUCCAAUUAUAAUUGUUAAGACAAAUAAAAAUGGUUUAGUUUCACUUGAUGUAAGUGAACCCUUGCUGAAAAACAAACUGUAAAUAGUGUAUUUUAUCAGAGGGUCUGAAUGAUUGUGACAAACCAAAUGGUCAGAAAUAAAAAACUUUUAGAUAUUAAGACAAAUAAAUCUAGGUAGUCGUUUUAUGAACAAAUUUAAAUGUAAAUGCUCCAUGAGUGAAAUGUAAGAAGUAACAACUAAUUUAAAAACAGAUUUAAAUAAAUUAUUAAAGAUGUUUGGUUAAGCGACAUCUAGAUUGACAUUGGCAGGUCAACUGUGUUCUCAUGAGUGAUAAUAAAACUGUCAAUUAAAAAUCCAAGACUAACCUAAAAUACUUUUUAACAUUUCGUUUAAAUAACUGCUCAACUUAAAACUUAUUUGUUUCCUUCAUAGGUAAAAUGGUGAUAUACCCAUUUUUAGUUUCAUUUAAAGCUAAUUCUCCAUUAGUUUAUUAUUUUAUACAAUUUGAAAACUUCCAUUAACAACAGGAAACUCCCAUUAUGUGCAGCUUUCGGAAGACCUUGACCAACCAUGGAUCAUUAAAAAUGGAUGCUCUGUUAAAUGUUGAAUAGAUAGAUUGUGAGUAACAUUCUUACAAUUGACUAACCCUAUAAGCCUAUUUCUAUCAGGUUGUCAUUUAUGCCACGACUGUCAAAAAAUAUAUUUUUUUAAAUGUAUAAUAUAUUUAAUCUCCUCAUUGGUUUAAAUUUAAAAAAAAAAACUUGUAUACAGUAUGAUUGUUUUGGAAGAAAGUUUGCUUUUAUGUUAGUUGUUUACUUCUUAAAUUUUGCUUUAAAAAAUAACAAAAUAUCCUACCAUGGUUCGCAAAAUGGAUCCUUUAAACGUUGAUUAAAGAACCAUCAGAAGUUUUUGAUAGCGCCAUUCCAAACAUUACUCAAAUGAAGGCUAUCAAGAAAUUCUCGUAAUUUGUACUUGUUAACACAGACAUUAACAUUUAGCUGUUUGUCGUAUGUAUUUUAAAGUUACUGUAGUUCUAAGUAAUGUAUAAUUUUUUUCAUAGAACUUAGUCUUAGUGUAUGUAGUAUGUAUCUCUGUGUGUAGUGUAGAAUGCGGCGCGUGUUGUCGCAAAUGCACUGUAGUACAGUCGUUCUGAAUAAAGUAGUUUACAUGAAGUAGACAUUAUGCUUGAUCAAUCCUCUUUUGAUUAUAUAUGCUUGAGAUGCCCUAAUAUCGGCUCUACAGUCUCCAAAAUUAGAGUGGCUAAAAUGUUAUUAACAAUUUCAUCGUUUCGCGAAAGAGUGAUCUCUUCUAACUUAUUUAUUUACUCGUUAAUGCAUAAUCUUUAAGAAGUAAGUUUUAGUGAUUUAGAGUAUUUGUUUCACAUAUUUUUCUUAAAAUGUUUAAUAAAAGUUCUUCUGAGAAAUACAAUGUAUUAAAUAAAUAUGACAGAAACUUUUAAAUUGAUGAAAAUCUCUGCACCAAGCCAAUGGGCAGUAUGCAUAAAAACUAAGCAGCUGAUUUUACUUAAAAAUUGGUACCAAAUAAUGUUUAUUUUCCAGUAAAUAACAUUUUAAUUUUUUUGGAAGAUUAGCGAGUAAUACGUACUUCCCAAAAAUCUAGCUAGACAUUUUAUUCAUUAGAAAAUAAGUAAAAUUUGCUCCAAAAUUUAAAAAAAAAAUCUAGCCAUCUAACUUGUACAGAUAUGUUGAUCCUGGAAAAUAUAGUUCAAAUUUAUCAUGAUUUCUCUCUGAAAGCGUUAUGUAUAGGUUGACUGGUAAUGACAGAUUUUGUGCAACUUUUUUUAAUGUAUACAUCUCUUAAGUUAUGAUUAUUAUAGGUUUUUAACAUGUUUUAGCCAAUUAUCUAAGAGUACUCGCAUGUAGCGGCGUCACCAAGCGAAUUUGAAUUUGUAUUGAAAGUGGAUAAUUCC